GUGACGGCUGGCCGACGGACGCCAUGGCGCUGCUGGCCGCCUCCCGGCUCCGGGCCUUCGGCUUGUUGGCCCCGGUGGUCGUCCGAGCUGUUUGGUCUGAACUUACAAUAACACACAAUAGCAGCAGAGCGCACCAAACGAUCGAACUGAAAUGCAUUUCUUCAGAGAAUGGUAGCAGAUUUGAAUGGACGAAAGAAGAUGUCGACAUAGCAACUAUUUAUAAACUGUCUGCUGACAAUUCCAGCUUGUAUAUUCCCGAUGCUGACUAUGAUGAUUGCGGAUUAUUUACCUGCAUUGCAAGAAAUAAUAGUGUCGUUGAAAAAGAAACAUUCAAUUUAGUUGUUGACGGCAUGCGCCCACAUGAAUACAAGAUAAUAACAGUGGCCAUUUUUGGUCUUGGCUGCUUGCUGACAUCAAUUACUGCCUUCAUGCUUUCAACGUUGUUUCAGAACACAGAUAAGAAAGCACAGAAAUUCAUGAUCGUUGUGACUGUGCUGUUCCUGAUGGGUUCACUAACACUUCUUCUCCUGGCCACCAUUGUAUGGAUCAUUACAGAUGGCUGGGGUAUUGAGACCGUGCUUCUGCUGGUCUUUUCGCUGAUCUUUAUGCUCUUACCUGUGGCAACAUUUAUUGGAAAAUUGGUGGGUCGAUGUCAGCAUCUUUGGUCAGAUGGCUGGCUCCCACUUCUGGCGGCAUUGUUUGUGCAAUUAAUGAUCAUCACCAUGGUCAUUCUGAUAAUAAAGAAAUAUGAGCACAGUGAGGAAGGCUGUGCACCUGAAUGGCCUUUGCUACACAGAUUACUUGGUGCACUGGCCUCACCCUUCAUAUUGUGUCUGAUUGUCUUCACUUUCAGAAAGCUAGUUGACAUGAUAACACAAUGUCAAAGCAGCACCUCCCAAGAAGAUGAAGAAAGUGAGGAGGAGCAUGACAAAAAGGAAGAUGAACAACCAGUGGGCUGAAGUGUAAUUAAACCCAUUGAAAUGGCUCAGAACAUCAUUUAGGUGGUUCUUGGCUGCCUUGAUACGAUUGAGUUUGAAAAUGAAGUUGCUG